GCCCACGCUUCCGGAAGAGCCGAGUUGGGUUGCUGGUGUUCUAGACUCCGCGUGUGUGAUUACAGUGGCUCGGCCUCCGAAGUAGAAGUGCUGGCGUCCCGGGGCUGGACACCCAAACACAGCAACCAUGGAAGAAAGCUUCCCCCGAGGGGGUACAAGAAAGACCCACAAAUCAGAGAAAGAGAAAGCUUUCCAGCAGUCAUUUGAACAAGACAACUUAUUUGAUAUUUCUACUGAAGAGGAAUCCACCAAAAGGAAAAAGAUCCAGAAAGAGCCAGCAAAAACAAAAAAGUUGAAAGUUGAAAAGAGAGAAAGCAACAAGUUUGUAAGAGAGAAGUUUGAAAUCCUUAGUGUGGAGUCCCUGUGUGAGGGGAUGCGGAUUUUGGGUUGCGUGAAAGAGGUAAAUGAACUGGAACUGGUGAUUAGUCUCCCCAACGGCCUCCAGGGGUGUGUGCAAGUGACUGAAAUCUGUGAUGCCUACACUGAAAAGCUGAAUGAGCAGGUGGCACAAGAAGAACCCCUGCAGGACCUGGUCAGCUUGUCUGAGCUCUUCUCACCUGGGAUGCUGGUGAGAUGUGUGGUGAGCAGUCUGGGCAUCACAAAGAGGGGCAAAAAGAAUGUCAAGCUGUCUCUGAACCCCAGAAAUGUCAACAAAGUGCUGAGUGCUGAGGCCCUGAAACCCGGCAUGCUGCUCACGGGCACUGUGUCCAGCCUGGAAGACCAUGGCUAUCUAGUGGACAUUGGUGUUAGUGGGGCCAGAGCUUUUCUGCCACUGCAGAAAGCCCAGGAGUACAUCCAACAGAAGAACAAAGGUGCUAAAUUGAAGGUAGGUCAGUACCUGAACUGCCUUAUUGAAGAGGUGAAAGGCAAUGGAGGAGUUGUUAGUCUGUCUGUUGGUUACUCAGAAGUUUCUGCUGCCAUUGCUACUGAGGAGCAAAACUGGACCCUCAACAGCUUGCUACCAGGACUGGUAGUCAAAGCCCAGGUACAGAAGGUAAGCCGUUCAUUGUUACUACUAUUUUCUAAAAUAAAAAUAAUUUUUAUUAAAGUAGUACGUGCACACAAUCUAAAAGAGUGCUGUCCAGUAGGGUAG